AUGGAAGAGACCCCGCUGCCAUCCGGGAAGAACUUCAGGAGCCAGCUUGCUGCUGCAGCGAGGAGCAUCAGUUGGACUUAUGCCAUAUUUUGGUCCAUUUCAACCAGCUGUCCAGGAGUUAUGACUUGGAAGGACGGCUUCUACAACGGGGAGAUAAAGACGAGGAAGAUCACGAGCUCCAUGAACCUCACGGCCGACGAGCUCGUCCUGCAGAGAAGCGAGCAGCUAAGGGAGCUCUACGACUCUCUCAUCUCCGGCGAGUGUGGCCACCGAGCGAGGAGGCCCGUCGCUGCGCUGUCGCCGGAAGAUCUCGGGGACACGGAACUGUACUACCUCGUUUGCAUGACCUACGCCUUCUGUCCCGGCCAAGGGUUGCCAGGCAAAAGCUUCGCAAGCAAUGAAUAUGUUUGGCUGUCAAACGCUCAGUCUGCAGAUAGAAAACUAUUCCAUCGCGCGCUCAUAGCAAAGAGUGCAUCUAUUAAGACAAUCGUCUGCGUGCCAUUUAUCAUGCAUGGUGUCCUUGAGCUCGGGACCACUGAUCCGGUUUCGGAGGACCCGGCUCUCGUCGACCGUAUCACGGCGUCGUUAUGGGAUACGCCGCCCCGCGCGGCGUUCUCGUCGGAGGCGGGAGUCGCCGACAUCGUCGUCUUCGAAGACCUCGACCAUGGCAACACCGCCGUCGAAGCGACGACGACGAUGGUCCCGGGGGAGCCGGAGCCUCACGCUGUAGCCGGCGGCGAGGUCGCCGAGUGCGAGUCCAACGCCCACAACGACCUCGAGCAGAUCACCAUGGACGACAUCGGCGAGCUCUACAGCCUCUGCGAGGAGCUGGACGUCCUCGACGACGACAGUAGCAGCUGGGUUGCGGAUCCCUGGUCGUCUUUUCAGCUAGUCCCGACGGCGGAAGCUACUGACGUCGACGAUGCCGUCGUCGCCGCUCUAGGCGCCAUUGAUGGAUCUUGCAGGCCGUCGCCGUCGAGUUUUGUGGCGUGGAAGAGGACGCCGGACUCGGACGAGGUGCAGGCCGUGCCGCUCAUCAGCGGAGAGCCGCCACAGAAGUUGCUGAAGAAAGCUGUCGCCGGCGCCGGUGCCUGGAUGAACAAUGCUGACGGCAGCGCGGCGACGAUGACGACUGAUCAAGGAAGCAGCAUCAAGAACCAUGUCAUGUCAGAGAGAAGGCGCCGGGAGAAGCUCAAAGAGAUGUUCUUGAUUCUUAAAUCAGUCGUCCCAUCCAUUCACAAGGUGGACAAAGCAUCAAUUCUAGCAGAAACGAUAGCAUACCUCAAAGAGCUGGAGAAAAGGGUGGAAGAGCUGGAAUCCAGCAGCCAACCAUCGCCGCGUCCAAUGGAAACAACAAGAAGAAGAUGCUGCAAGAGCACCGGCAAGAAGGUUUCUGCAGGAGCCAGAGCCAAGAGAAAGGCGCCGGCGCCGGAGGACACCGACGGGGAGCGGCGCCAUUGUGUGAGCAACGUGAACGUCACCAUCAUGGACAACAAGGAGCUUCUCCUCGAGCUGCAAUGCCAGUGGAAGGAAUUGCUGAUGACGAGAGUGUUCGACGCGAUCAAGGGAGUCUCCCUGGAUGUCCUCUCGGUGCAGGCAUCAACAUCGGAUGGUCUCCUUGGACUGAAGAUACAAGCUAAGUUUGCCUCACCUGCUGCCGUCGAACCUGGGAUGAUUACAGAAGCUCUCCGGAAAGCUAUAGCAAGCUAGCUAGCUACUCCCUCCGUCCUAAAAUAUAAACACUUUUAGACUUCAAUACAGUCUU